AUGCCGCGUCAAUCAGGAAUGGCCGAUCGGGAACCUUGUCCUUGGAGAAUUGUCGAUGACGUCGGCGGUGCAUUCUGCAUGGGAAAUGUUGGAGGUGGAAUAUGGCACACCAUCAAAGGAGCGCGCAUGGCACCAUCUGGAGCAAGGAUUGCAGGAUCUCUGUCAGCAGUGCAAGCACGAGCACCUGUAUUGGGUGGCCAAUUCGCUGUUUGGGGAGGUUUGUUUGCAUGUUGCGAUUGCUCGUUAACUGCCGUUCGUCAGAAGGAAGAUCCGUGGAAUUCUAUCAUUAGCGGCGCAGCAACAGGUGGGAUUCUAGCUGCACGUGCUGGACCGAGAGCAAUGGCUCAAGCUGCGGCUGUCGGUGGUGUUCUGUUGGCCUUGAUCGAGGGUAUGGGUAUCAUGUUCACCAAGGCAUUUGCGGCUCCAAGCCCGGAUGAUUUGCUCGCUCAACAGGCUAUGGAUCCAACGGCGCCUCCAACAGCUGGUGGUCUUUUUCCUAGUAUAUCUGGACCUGGAAGUUCCUUGCCAUCGCCACCAACUCCAUCUAAUACUCCUCCGGAAAAUGAGCCUUUCAUCGGCGCGGAUACAACUUUUUCAACGGAAACCUCCAGUCAUAAUAGCAGUCAGUCUUCGUCUUGGUGGCCAUUUGGAGACGGCCAGAGCUCCUAA